AUGAAUCCUGAUUUAAAAUGUGAAGCAGGUUGUGUUGCACUUGAUGUUAAUGAUAAGAAUGAGUUGGGGAAUGCUACAGUGGUGAAAGAAGGGAGUGCAAAGGAUGGUGUAUAUCCGAAAGGGAGCGUUAUUGAAACUAAAUGUAAAGAAGGUAAGGUAAAACAUGGUUAUUUCAGUAUUUUACUGUAAUGUAAACAUAGAAAAAUAUUGUUUUAGGUUACAUGUUUGAUACAGAAGCCAAGCGAAGUCGAGGUACUGAUAAGCAUGAAUGUAUUGGAGGUAGAGAAGGCUGGAAGAAUGUUCAUCAUCCUGAGGACAAAACGUCUCGGCCAGGGCUUUGUAAGCCGGUUUGUGAGAUUACUGAGUAAGAUAUGAAUUUUUUAAAAAUUUUUUAAAAAAAUUAAAAAAUUUUUUAAAUUAAAAAAUAUUUCAAUUUAAAAUUUUUUUUUCAGAAAAUUUCCAGCUUCUCUAAAGCCGAUUAGAAAGUACAAUGACAAAUGUGAUGUGAUUACCCAUAAAAGUAAGAGCUACUUGACCAUGGGCAACCCAUUUUUGUAUCAAUUGGAGAAUGGUACACAGACCAAUAUGAUGGAUUGUAAAUUGACAGCUUUGAAAGUGGGUUUUAUAUACUUUUGCGGAGAAGUUUAAAAUUUUUGGAUGAGAGUUUUAAAUUUGUUUUAUUUUUAAUGAUUUAGGCUUAAAAAGUCAUGUUAUGAUAGUAGGUGUAGGUUCGUUGCUACAGUUUUUUUCUGUGAGGAGGGAGGGAGAAGGGAAUCCACCCGUAUUCACCUUCUUCUAGCGACGUCUCUGAAUAAGUUGAUGAUAGAGAAAUACAAUUUCAGGCCUUACCAAAUGAAAUGCUAGCAACACCUUCAUCUGCUCACAAAGUUUUGCCUUUGUCACCGGGUAAGUGAAUAAAGUUGUGAAAAAGGUAGGGGUACAGUAACUAGUGGUAGUAGAAAGGUAAGAUUAGGCAGGAGGGCUUUAGUUUAGAGUAGGGUAGGAUUCUUUAUGGUAGGGCAUUUUAUAGUGUGGGGGGGGGGUAUAGGGUGAGAUAGGGCAACGUAUAGUAGGGCAUGGUAGAAUAAGACCAGCUUAGGGCAGCGUAAGAAUUGUUAGAUUUCUUUAUGAUGUAUAAUAUUUUAAAAUUAGGCUUUAGAGUAGAGUAAGGCAGGACAGGCCUGCAUUAUAGAUGUAGUACGGCUUGGAUAAAGACAAGACAAGGAAGUUACUGUAGUGUUUGUUUUGAUACGCUGGGAUACUGUAGAGUAAGAUACGGUUAAGGUAGGUUUUAGUAUGGGAGGUAGGGUAAGGUAGAGUAGGGUGAGGUACGGUGUAGUAGACUAUAGUAAAGCAAGGAUAGGGUACAGUCAGGUAGAGCAGGAAGGCAAGACAGGUUAUGACAAAGUAGUGUAUGGUACUGAAGGAUAAGUAAACAUAAUAUCUCUAAACAUUUCAGUUGAUCCAUCAACCUUACCACCCUCAAACACAACCGGAAAUAUGUACGUGGUCAAUCCUACCUAUGUUAUGAACAAGUUCUCUAUCGACCGGCCAACGCCUUCAAUACCUGGAAUCUAUGUCAAUAUCACAUCAACAGGCAUUGUAAUUCCGUUUACCAUAGUAAACAAAUACAAGUUACCUGGAGUUUACAUACCGAUAAAGAGUGGCAUUACUGAGAUUCCAGUAGCUGUUACGACGAUCAAUGGAGACUUGGUUAUCGUACUACCAGUGGGUACUGUAAUUUUGUUCGAGCAACUGGUACCGGACAAUUGGGUACCAUAUGUACUUAAUUUACGUAGGUUUGGGGCGGGGGAAGUAGGGGUCGGAUUGGGGGGAGGGGUAGGGGUGUAGUGUAAGGUAAGGGUAUGGGUAGGGGUAAAAGUAAAGGUAGAAGUAUGGAUAAGGUUAUGGAUAGUACCACAAGCUCUAAGUAGUACUAUAAAAUCAAGUUUUAGCAUCAUACAAACCAGCAUCACCACAAAGCCCAGAGUACCUGUUCAUACCAUUACUACCACCAAACCUACAACUACCAAACACCCAGUUCAUACCUAUAACAAUAUCAAACAACAUUCCCGUGAUCCUAAUCCCACUACCAUCUCUACCCCAGCCUCAAAACCAACCUCCAACCUUCACCGUGCCCACUUCAGAAUCCCCACCGAAGAUUGUGAUCGAAUUCAAGUUGGGACCAAUAGGACCAGCGCCAGAUGUGAACAGUGUUGGACCAUUUGUACCAAUAUUUGGUGCUGUUGGCUGCAAGAAGAUUGAGAAUGAGAUGUUUGAGGUUAAAAUGAAGGAUGAGUGUUUGAAGGAUGACAUGGUUAAUAUUGGAUGUAAACUUACUGUGAAUUGCAAGAAGGGAAAGGAUGGUAAGGAUUACUGUAUUAUAUUGUACUAAAAUAUAAUGUACCGUAAUAUAAUCUACUAAAAUAUACUUUACUAUACUAUAUUGUACUAUAAUGCAAUUUACUGUACUAUAGUGUACCAUUCUAUAAUCUACUGUAUUAUAGUAAGUCAUAGUAUCAUUUUCUACACUAUAGCCUGCUAUAAUAUAAUAUACUACACUAUAGGGUACUAUACUACUGUAACCUUUUGUUUAAUCUACUAUAACAUAUAACUUACUAUAGUACCUUGUUUUAGCCUCUCCACGCCCUCUAAAAUGUACAAGAAACAAUGGAAUAGCAUAUUAUGGUAGUCCAGAUUCAAAACAUCUUAUACCUAAUAAUGAAUGUGACAAACCAGAUCAAAAGCCAGCAUUAGGUGAAGAUAAUGGAAGGUGUGAUUUAAAUAAACACAAGGGAUUGAAGAUUGAGCUACAUAAAAAGGAAGGAAAAUGCAAGAAAUCAUCGAAGAAACAGCCAAAAGGAUGCCGGAUUAGUGUCAGUUGCAAGAAAGGUAGGGUUUAGUUUUAUUGUUAGAUGAUAGUAUAUGUUAGAGUACAGUAAAUGAAGUAGGAUGGUUGAUUUAAAAUAAAGAGUGGCUGGGUUAUGGCUUACAAGGAAAGUGCCCGACCUGCCCCGCUCUGAUUGACUUCAAACUUUUUAUAAAGAAAAGUCAUGUAAAUAUAAAAUCUUCAGCAAAGUACUAAAUUGCGCUUUCCAGGAAAUCUCGAGAAAAUCGAGAUCAAAAAAUGAAAUUUUGAAUUUCCCGCCAACUUGGCAUUGUGUUUCAAGCUUGUAACUUUGUCAUUUUUUGACUUUUAAUAAUUUUUCUUUGAUAUACUAGUAGAAAACCUUUAAAUGAACCAACAUUUUUAAAUUUGUAAACGUACCUUGUCUGGAAAGCCGAAAAAAGUACUUGAAACACAAUGCCAAAUUUGCCAAAUUGGCGGGAAGCCCAAAUAAUUUAAAUUUAAAACUCAAAAGCGCGAGCUAAAAUUUUUUAUGGGUACUAUUGGUGGUACAAGGAAGUCAUAUAAAAAUUUUUAGCUGAUUCUGAGCGGGACAGGUAGGGUACUUACCUUGUUAGGCAACAUCAAGCAAAGAUGAAUAGCUGGGACAGGAUAGGGUUUAGCGAUAGGGUUAAUGUAAGGUAGGUAAGAGCAGAGAAGGGCAGGAUAGGUCAGGUUAUGGUAAGUAUGAGUUGGUAAAAUUAGGGUAGGCUAUGGUACGCUGAGGUUGGAUAGGGUAGACUAAUUUAGGGCAGGGUAGGGUAGGAUAGGGUAGGCUACGGAAGGGUAAGGUACGGUAGGUUACGGUAGGGUAUGGUAGGGUAGGAUAGGGUAGAGUAGGGUAAGGUAGUAGGGUAGGGUAGGGUAAAGUAGGAUGGGUAGGGUAGGGUAGGGUAUAGUAGGGUAGGAUAGGAUAAGGUAAGGUAAAGUAGAGUAGGGUAGUGUAGGAUAGAGAAAGGUAGAAGAUAAAAAUUUAUAAAAUACGAUGUUAUAUUCUAGGUGAAGAACCCUCAGAUCCAGAAGUCAAACUUCCAUCUGACUUUACUUGUGAUGGUACUAAGUUUGUCAAUGAUGAAGGUAAAGAACUUGACUUUAAAUGUAAGAAGAAGGAGAGAAAAGGCUGUUCAGAGUUUGAAAAGGAGGAAGGUGUGAAGGUAGACUACAGUAAAGAAAGUGGUAGUAUUGUUUAUGCUAAUGUUACUUGUCAGUCAGGUGAGUUGGGAUGGCGAACGAGUUGGAUUUAAAUUUUUUUUGAGAAUUUUAUGAUUCUGUUUGAUUUUAAAAAUAUUUUUUUAAAUUAAAAAUAAUUUUUUUAAUUUUUAGUUUUUUAGGAUAUUACCCAUCGCACAGGAAGUAUCAAGAAGUUGGUUAUCAAGUCACAAACUGCAAAAACAAUGAAUGGGAGAACAAGACUGAUAACUCGACGAAAGACUGGAUUAUGAAGUGUAGUCGUGGUUGUAUUAAUCGACCGAAAAUACCUUUGAAAGAAAGUGAAACUGCUUAUAAACAAAGAACGUUCACUUCAAAGAAAACUGGCAUUAAAGUCAAGUGCAGGAAGGGUAGGUUUAUAUUACUUUGCAGUACCCUAUUCUACAUUACCCUGCAUUACCGUACCCGACCUUACUUUACUCUACUAUACUUUACCCUAACCUACCCUACCCUUCUAUACCCUUCUAUAUCCUACCCUACUAUACUCUACUCUACUAUACCUUAGUUCACCCUACUAUACCCUACCCUAUCCUACCUUACUUUAAACUAACCUAUUGUAUUGUACUCUACCUUACUCUAUCUUACCCUAUCCUAUCUUGCUUCACUGUAAAAUGCUUUACUCCACUCUAUUUUAUCCUUUUUUUGUGUUACCUUACAUUAACUUAUUUUACCCUACUCUACUUUACAAUAAACUUACCUUAAUCUAUCGUACUCACCUUACCUUGCACUACCUUAUAUUCACUACUCCACUCUACUUUAUCUUAUCACUGGCAUUGUUCUACUUUGCUCUAUGUUAUCUGUUCUGGCUUGCCUUAAGUUCUACAUGCAAGAAAAUAAAAAAUUUUACGUUAGUUUUUAUCUUUGUUUCUACUGGAAUCCUUACUUUUGGUCUUACCCUAGCCCAUACCGUAAUACCUAUUCCAGCUCGCAAAGUAAUCUGUUUUCAAAACCCUUUUUUAGUCUUACUUCAGUCUUACCUUCUCUUACUGCUUGCCUCACAUUAAGAAUUUUUUCUUAGCUUUAUCAUACUGUAACUUCUUUCAGAAAUUGCUCGAGAAGCCGCAGCUCCAAUCAAAUACAAAAUUGCUGAACUUCCAUAUCAUUGUAAAGUUGGUGAGACUCAAGCUCCAGAACAAACGAUGCAAAAUAUCAAAGAGUUUCCAUGUACGAAUGCUUGUCUUGACAUUUCUGACACAACCGACAUACGAUCCAUUGAUAUUACAUCAGCCAAAAGUAGGAUCACCUGGGAAGGAGAGAAGUACGUACUCAAUGGACAUACUUUCGAGUACAAGUGCAAGAAUGAGGGUGAGUGAAGUUAUUAUGUCUAAAAUGGCAAUGAUGUAGUUUUACGACUGUGGGGUUGAUAGGAUAUCGUAUUAUGUACUUAUUCAAGGCGUACUGCAAGAUAGGGUAACGUAGGGUAGGAGAGGGUAAAGUAGGUUAGAUUAGAGCAAAGUAAAUCUUUAGAAACUUAGAAUUUAUAGGUGAAAAAAUAGAACCAGACCACAAACACUCUAAAAUGACAUUGAAAUGUAAUGGCGACAAAAAGCACUACGAAGAUCCGGCGUCUCCAGGGGUACCUUUCUAUACAGGACCUCGGAAAUGCUCCAAACCUUGA